AUGGAACACAUCAUCCAAACCUUCAUGCGGGUUCAGCGCCAGGUCGAUGAUGCAGACUCACUGAUCGCGCGGUAUCCCGAAUUGGAGCGCUUGGCGCUUUCGAAUCCUGCCGCAAUCAGCGACCGGGAUCGACGCCGCUUGCUGGACAUACCGGAUCAAGAUGUGGAAAAUACCAAUUUGGCUGCCGUCACGCAACUGAGCAAGGCGCAGCUUCUCGAGCGUGCGGCCAAAUCACCCAAUGCGCUCACCGACGCCGAAAUUGAUCUCCUGAUGGGACGGUACUGGCGCAACGUUUCGAGUAAAGAGGCUUUGGCCGGGGAUAGAGCUCGCGAAGCCAUGGAUCUAGGCACCCACGCGUACUCUCGUGGCCAGUGGGAAGACCUCACGAAACGGCUGACCAUGGCCCGGGAGCCGCUCUAUGAGCAAAAUGAGCUCGAGGCUUUUCAAAAUGCGCCUAAAGAAUGGACGUGGCGCAUGACGGCCGAUACCAGGGCGCGAGAAGCAAAGGAGAUUGAAUCUGCCAUGCGUAACGCUGCUCCUUGGAUCCAACGUUUGUGGACAGAAGACCUAAAAGACCGCCCCGAGGCACGCUGGGGUUACGCGAUUUUUCGUGAUCCGGCGAUCAAGGCGGAGAAAGGCGAAGAGCUUUACGAAAACUACUUGUGUCGCGAGGACGGCGUCUUGGUAUGGGCAAGGUGGGCAUUGCGUUGCGGGAGUGUCAUUGAGUCCCGCUUCCAGAGGCAGCGACUUGAAUGGCCGGUGGAUCUUCCCUCGAUGGGCCAGACUGCCACGGAGGGGACUCCAGAUAUCAAUACGACCAAAAUAUUCACUGUGAAGCUUCCUCCCCAAAGACCAUGCUCUCCGGCACUGUUGGACACCUUUCAGAGACUACGCGAGGCCUUCCAUUCGGCUCGAGCUGCACCUAGGAAAUCAUCAAGGCAGCAUGGUCCAGGUAUAAAUGAUAACUUGCUCAGUAACGUCUUCUUGGUCGUCGAUCAAGAUGCAGCAAACUCUAUAAUAUCCAGAUGGACACCCAGCGUUGACGACAUGUGGGUCUGGGCGGUUGACCCAGACUUUGCGCCCGAUAGUGCAUCGUCUUCUGGAGAAGCAGAGGGCAAAACAGAGGGUUACCAAGGGUAUCUGCGUGUGCGUAUCCAGCAGCUGGUCAAAAACUUUUACGAGGCGCGACGUUGGCAUGCAGACAAAAUUUCAAUGCAAACUUUGUGGGAGGCUGCUCAGGUUAGCAGGAAUCAGCUUUUCGUCUCCAUCAAUGAAGAAGAAGCAAAGCAAUGGAAAUUGUCAAGAGAUACCGGCAUAAGAUUGCUGCCAGUCGUUGCGCGCGGCGGAAACCUCGGAAUUGCCAAUGCAAGCCUACUCAUUGUUCUCGCCGAGAAGCUUGUCAACAAGUCUCAGGGUAUCUGA